GUCGUCACGGCACAGCGCCCCGCCCCCAGAUAACCCCCUUCCGCCAUUUUGAGCUGCUCAUGUUCAUUGUUUGUGUUGGUUGCCUAGGUCUUGCUGUUUCGCUAUUCUAGAUACUUCAACUAUUCUAGAAUGCCCGGAACACACUGCUGUGUAAGAAACUGCUUCAGUUCCACACACGACUACCGUGGAAAGCGUAGGGACCACGUGUUACGCUUUUUUCGUAUCCCUACGUGGAAAAAGCACGAAGGCGAGCAUGUGUCCGACGUGACGAGGAGACGUCGGAUGUCUUGGGUGGCUGCAAUUAGGAGAAAGGACAUUACUUUCGACCGCAUCUCCCAGUCGAUGAGAGUGUGUUCUCUGCAUUUCCAUUCGGGUAAACCAUCAUAUGAGAUGUUGGAGAACCACCCUGACUGGAAACCAUCUUUGCGGUUAGGCCACAGUGAUGUUAAGAAAACCGAUGAAGCGAGAUUUCAGCGGCUAGUAAAGCGCAGGACCCAGCACCAGGAGCAGCUGUUGCUGCCGCCGCAGCACCUGGAGCAGCCGCCAUGCCCAGCGCAGCACCCGGAGCAAGCACCGCCGCUGGUACAGCAUCAGGAGCAGCCGCCAUGCCCAGCGCAGGAGCAAGCGCCGCCGUCGGCACAGCAACCGCACCAGGAGCCGGCACAGGAAUGUGCACUUUGCCCAUAUAGACGAGAUGUUAUCAACAGUCUUUUGGAGGAAAACCGAAAGCUGAAGGAGGAGCUCGAAGAGUACCGGAUGAACGAGAACUUUCUGAGCGGUGACGAUAACAGAGUGAAGUAUUACACGGGACUCCCAAAUUAUUUAACGUUUCAGACACUUUUACUCAGUCUCACGCCAUAUCUGCCUCAGGGCAGGUUGAAGAAGCUCUCCCCCUUCCAGCUAGUCCUGUUGACUCUCAUGCGCCUCAGACUGGACCUGCCAAUACAGCACCUCGGCCGUCUGCUUCGGGUGCACAGGACGACCGCCAGCGAUGCCUUUCACCAUACUCUCAGCGUGAUGUACUCCCGGCUGUCUCCGUUGGUGUACUGGCCAAGCAGAGAGAGUUUAAUGGCCAGUAUGCCGCACAAGUUUGUGGAAUCGUUCGGGGGAAAUGCGGCCGCCAUCGUGGACUGUUUUGAGGUUUUCAUCGAAAAACCCUCAAACGCACUCGCAAGGGCACAGACCUUUUCUCAGCAUAAACACGCGCACACCAUGAAAUACCUCAUUGUGGUUACACCCCAGGGUGUAAUUUCUUUCAUAUCCGAAGGGUGGGGUGGGCACGCGAGUGACAAACAUAUAACGGAGCAAAGUGGUUUCCUGGACAAGCUGAUGCCAGGUGACGUUGUGCUGACCGAUCGGGGAUUUGACAUCGGGGAAAGUGUGGGUAUGAUGUGCGCUGAGGUUAAGGUACCUCCAAGGGGCCGUGCACAGCUGGAGGCGAGAGACGUGGAGGAGGCUGGGGCCACGGCACAUCUCAGGAUUCACGUGGAGAGGAUGAUUGGUGUCGUGCAGAACGCAUUUAAAUUCUUACGCUCAACUGUACCUGUGAACAUGCUUCUCAAAUGUGAAGGUGAAAACGUAAUGGCGUUGGACAAGAUCGUCACCGUUUGCUGUGCCUUGACAAAUAUGUGCCCAAGUGUCGUCUGAGUGCGGACUUUGUUUUGUUUCUAAUCUACUGCGAAAUGACAGCUGAAAUACAUUCUUGAAACAACUUUA